AUGCCUGGUACAAUCCAUGACCCGAUCGGCGGCCAGUCCCGCGCCACGAUUGCUGCGAAGCAGGCCAAACCGAUGGAGGAAUUCGCCGAGCGCACCAAGCGGGAGGCCGAGGAGCGCAAGAAGCAACGAACAGCAGAGGGUGGCCGAGGUGGAGGCUACAAUGACCGACAGGAAGUCGAGCGCCGACAGCCUCCGCGCGAGGAAGACUGUGCAUAUGAUGACUUCGGGCGCAAGAAGAAUGAUAAGUCACAGCUAUCCAAGGCUGACAGAGCUGCAGCAGCUCUGAAGCGACUGCAGGUACACGAGCUGAACAAGCUCUUUUCCUGGGCCAACUCGUCCAGGCGAGGACUCAUCCUCUUUAUCGACGAGGCCGAUGCCUUCCUUCGUACUGGCAGAGGCUCCGACACUGGCUCGAUGAGCGAGGAGGCUCGGAACGUGCUGUCGGCCUUCUUGCACCACACCGGCACGGAAAGCGACAAGUUCGUCGUAGUGCUGGCCACGAAUAUCCGAGAAAUCCUUGACAGAGCAGUGCUCGAUCGUGUCGAUGAGAACUUCGAGUUUCCCUUGCCCAGCCUGGAGGAGCGCAAGAGGAUGCUGGCAAUGUUCAUGGAGGAGCACAUCCACACGCCCACAAAGCGCGGUAAAGUCAUUGAGGUAGAUGCAGCCUUGGAUGACAGCUUCUUAGACCAAGCCUGGACGCCUCCCUCUUCCAAACAGGGCGCAGGGAAGAUGGCGGGCACUGAUAUGGACAAUCCACAUCUGGAUCCCGUGGAGACCUUUUCGUUUCUGAGACUGGUCAGCGCGGACGGCCACGAGUUCUUUCUGGACAGACGGAUCGCAUACGAGUGCGACACUUUCAAGAAGAUGGUCGAAAAGGAGGGCUUCAAAGAAGGUCAGACCAAUGAGAUUCACUUGCCAACAGUCACCGGCAAGUUGCUCGAGAAGGUCAUCGAGUAUUUGUAUUUCAAGUACAAGUACACAGAUGCCAAGGUGCCAAUACCGGAAUUCCCAAUCGAUGAUGACGUCGUGCUGGAUUUGCUUCUGGUGGCGAACUACUUGAACUUGUAUUGA